GUCCGUUACACGGGGAACUAACUAACUAACCAUCGAGCGUGUUUUGUUCAUACGUACGCCGCGGUCGUCAAAUGGAGAAUACAUUCAAGGAAGCGUCGACAACUCACGGUGCCUCAUCGGAACAUAGGCGAAAAGGUGGCUGGCCGUGGUUACUAUUCUGUUGUAUAUGUGUGUGUUUUUCAUUCGGCGCCUAUAUUGUGCUCACACUUUAUUGGCUUUCGGAACUUAACAGUAAAAUACACGACGGCGAUGACAAAUUACUUGUACUUGAAAGACGUAUCGCGAAGUUGGAAAUAGAUAACGUACAGCAGGGAAAAUCCACCAUGACAGUUUCGAAUCGAGCUCACCGAUAUAAACGGGACGACAAAAGCAAGGACGAAGUGCUAAGCUGUUUUAUCUGCCCACCAGGACCGGAAGGAUUACAGGGACAAAAAGGCGAUGAAGGUCCACGUGGAAAACGAGGAAGACGGGGCACUGCUGGAAAACAAGGAGCUAAAGGAAUGCAGGGAAUUCCUGGAAUGAAGGGAGAUAUCGGAGAAGCGAGUAUAGGCCCUCCUGGAAUACCGGGGAAAACUGGACAAAAAGGUGAAAGGGGUGCAACGGGCCCAAUAGGCCCAAUGGGUCCACCGGGAAAGCAGGGAGAAAUAGGAUUACCGGGAGUUAGGGGACCGAGGGGUCAUCCAGGCAGUCGUACAUUAACAGAAAUUAACAGAAAAUCUCAGGCCAUCCACUUGCAAGGGAACAAUGGUAAUCGCUUUCCUAGUCUCCAAAAACUUGAUCGAUUUGGUGUACUGAAUAACUGGCGUGUCUAUAGUAAUUCUGGAGGGUUUACAUUACUCGGUAAUGGCAAUGUUACAGUAUCUGAAAAAGGACAAUAUUACAUAUACAGUAAUGUGCUGUUCUAUGACGACGGGGCAUUGUUUGGAGCCCACACUACCAUUAACGGAAAACCGUUCCUGACUUGCAGCGGAGUUCGAGCGAAGGCGGCGUUGAAAUUCGGUACCUGCUACUCCAGCGGAGUGACACACCUAAACAAUCAAGACAUGAUUGGUAUACGAUCUGUCUAUCCUGCUCGUAUAGUAGAUAUGCACUCACAGUCCACUUAUUUCGGAAUAAUUAAAGUGUGA